GAGCUACCUAUCCACUCUCAUUUCGUUUAGAAACAUUGUUCGGAGUAUUCUCCUAGCAAUUAUUAGGUAAAACGAAUUAACAAAAAUCGAGGUAGGAGUUAAAUCGGGCAUCUCGCAGGACUUCGAGGUUGGCAUAAGUUUGGGGAUACAGAAGUUUAGGGACAACGCAAGUGCGAGCUCCACCGUUUCGCUUGUCCGGCGGUUAUUGCUUCAGAAAGCAGAGGUCCGGGUCGGGCUCCCCGCGUUGGGAUUCCUCCUCGUCUCCGGCUGCCCUGGCUGCAGCUCAGACUGGGGGGGACAAUGAGUGCGCUCCUGCCCCGGUGCGGCUCCAGUGGCACGGCUGGAGCUUGGCCAAUGAGCCCGGGCCACCCGACGGCUGCGGGCGGGGGUCGAGGCUGUGCCUGUGUGCGCUGCUGGCCGGGGCUCGCUGCAGUUCCCCGAUUCCCGCCAUGUCCCGUAUGGACGCGGCUCAGCGCCCGGAGGAUCGCGCACCGGCGGUGCUGGGAGGUGUUUGUGUGCGGUGGGUGGAGGUGCUGGACCCUGCGAGUCCUGCACCCUCGCAGGGAGAGGGGAAGCCUCGUGCCCUGCUGGGGGCUGCUGCCGGGCCGCGGGGUCCUGCAGCGGCGGCGAGGGUGCAUUAGUGCCUGGUAAAAGCGCUGGGUGCGGGGCCCUUCUCUCCCUGUUGCCGACCAGGUGAAGCGGUUACCUGGCAAAUGGGAAGAGCCUGAUGAGGCUGCAGCGUAGAGGAUCAGUGUUACACGAGGUCGAGCUUUUACUUCUCCCUAGAACUCAAUAUGGAGCCGUGGGAGAGGACUUGGCACUUUAAUCCCUUCAAAGAAACCGAUCUAAUUCAAGCCCUACAAGUCUUGAAAGUCUUUGAGCGGACGGUGAUUGUUUCCACAGGAAAGGCAGAUAAAGAUCUCUGUGUGCUGGCGUUUAAAGAGACUUCAGUGGCGGUGCGAAUACAAUUGAACCCAGCGACUGCGGGGAGGAUCGAGUUACCUGUGCAAACAGCUCCGGAGGACCAGAGCCAGCCGGCAUCUGCCCGAAAGGGCACCCCCACCCUCUCAGGACGAAGAUGAACGUCCUCGUUUGGUACUUGACCAAGCAGGCCAGCGUUUCGGUUGGCCUCGGAGCAGAUGGGGAAGCGGCGAGGAAAGGAGCGCGUUUCCAAGGCCCCCGGCGGAGCGCGGAGCUGAGCGAGCCCGCGGAGGAGCGCGGGGCCCCGCCUGCCCUUCGCGGGGCGGCUCAGCGCGAGGGGUCCCGCCAGCUCUGCGGCCCACUGAGCACAGCAGCCGGCGGUGGCGGCAAGCUGCGACCCAGAUGUGCCUGGUGCUGGUUAGAGGGUCAAUAGCCUCACACAUGGUCGAACGCAAAGAAGGUUGGAUCCUUCACACACACACGCAUAGACACAUAUAGACAGAGGCCGAAAGGUGCGAGGUGAGGGAGCAAGAGCGCUUGGGGCCGAGUUAGGCUUUGUGGCAGGAGGUGGGCGAGCGAGUGAGGCUGAGACCAGGCAGCAUCAUCGGUGUUCCCGAGGAGCCCCCGACCCGCGCUCGCCCCCGGCGCAGGCAGGCCGGCUCAGCAGGCCCGCCAGGAGAGACUCCGGUCUGCAUUUAAAGGAACUACGUCUUUCAUACCCGACUGCCGCUAGGGAAGAGGAAACUUUUCCCUUCGGUUUCCCGGCUGCCCAGUUUGUCGGUGUCUGUCUGCGGGAGCGCUUGCAGCCUGUGGCAGCCCGCCGCCCCUCCCCGGGCCCGGCUGGGCGCCUGGCCUGGCCCCGCGCCAGGCGGGGGCUCCCGGUAACGAGGGGGCAGUGCUGGCGGAGCGAAGCGAAACAAACCCCGCUACCAGAGGAGAAAAUGCGCAGUUAUUUGCGGAGUCAUAUCGAGGGCAUAUCCCUCAGCCUCGGGGGAAGGGCGGGCGGAGGGAGGGAGCGGGGAGGAACCACCGACAAUUACUCCAGGGAAGUUUUACGGCUGGGAUCGACCAGCCCCGAUCAGGUGAACUCGCUGUGUUCUGUUACUUUGGGUCAUUAAACACUAUCAGAGGGAUCCGGAGGCAGAUUUGUCGAGCGAUAACAGACACGUUGUCACUUUAGGGCUCUGCCACAAAUCCUUAAUUGCCAAAGAAAAAAAAAAAAAAAAGGAGGGGGGAAUCCAGUGUCUUGCACAUCCAAGGCGAGGGUCUCUAGGCGGUAAGGGGUCCUUUGAUCAAGAAAAUCCAAUUAUUUGUGUAUAUACAUUUCCCACAUAGUGAUUACUUCAUUAAUUGUCCCGCCUUUAUCUCCUCCCUUCCCAUCCCCCCUAAUAAUCAGUUCUUUUAUCCAGACCAACAAACACACCAUAGGAGCUUUGUGGAUUCAAAGGAUUUGCUUUCGCUUCUGAAAGAGCCGCUAUUCUUUGAUGAUUGGGUAGCGGCAAACUUCAAAGCCAUAAAUCUUCCCUCUGACUGGUUGGCGGCCCAGCAAAGUCCUUAUCAAAUUCUUGGAGGUGAUCCUGGCGCAGUCAGACAGUCCGCGGAGAUCGCGCAGCGCGGGGGGGUGGGACGCGCACGGAGGCGAAGAGAUCAGAAGGAACGGGAGAGAAGAGGGGGAGAGAGAAGGAAACUGGGCAGCUUCUCGUCUUCCCCUCGGCGUCCUCAUGCCUCAGCAGUGCCCUGGCGCCUUCCCUUCGCCCCGGGCGCAGUAGCCAUGGCCGCGGUGGCCGUCCUCCGGAACGACUCCCUCCAGGCUUUCCUCCAGGACCGCACCCCCAGCGCCUCCCCAGACUUGGCCAAACACUCGCCCCUGGCUCUUCUGGCCGCUACCUGUAGUCGGAUCGGACAGCCGGGCGCAGCGCCCUCGGAUUUCCUGCCGGUCUCCUACGACCCGACACUGGGAUCCCCCUCUAGGAUCUUCCAUCCGUGGAGCGGCGAGAUGCCGGCGCACUCCCCAGGGGGGCUGCCGCCGCCGCAUCCCAGCCUGGGACUGACCCCUCAGAAGAACCACCUGCAGCCCUCCUUCGGGGGGUCGCACGAACUGCCCCUCACCCCCCCGGCCGACCCCUCCUACCCUUACGAGUUCUCCCCCGUCAAGAUGCUGCCCUCCUCCAUGGCCGCCCUGCCGUCCAGCUGUCCGCCCGCCUACGUCCCCUACGCCGCCCAGGCCGCCCUACCGCCCGGGUACUCCAACCUGCUGCCGCCCGCCCAGCCCUGCCGGCAGCUGUCGCCCAACCCGCCGCCUGAGGACAUCCCCUGGUGGAGCAUCCAGCAGGCCAGUGCUCCGGGCGGCUGCGGCCACCGCUUCCCCGCGGCCGCGACGCUGCCGCGGAGCCUGGUGCUGGGGCACUCGGACUUCGCCCAGUACCAGACGCAGAUCGCCGCCCUGCUGCAGACCAAGUCUCCCCUGGCGGCCACGGCCAGGAGGUGCCGCCGCUGCCGCUGCCCCAACUGCCAGUCGGCCGCGGGCAGCGCCCCGGAGGCGGAGCCGGGCAAGAAGAAACAGCACAUCUGCCACAUCCCCGGCUGCGGAAAGGUGUACGGCAAGACCUCGCACCUGAAGGCGCACCUACGCUGGCACACGGGCGAGCGGCCCUUCGUCUGCAACUGGCUCUUCUGCGGGAAGAGCUUCACCCGCUCCGACGAGCUGCAGCGGCACCUGCGGACUCACACGGGCGAGAAGCGCUUCGUCUGCCCCGAGUGCGGGAAGCGCUUCAUGCGCAGCGACCACCUGGCCAAGCACGUCAAGACACACCAGAACAAGAAGCUGAAGGCGGCGGCGGACGGCGUCAAGCGGGAGGACAGCCGCGACGUGUGACCGCCGGCAUCGGCCCGGGACCGCCGGCGGCCGCCGCCCCUGCGGGCCGAGCCGAGCGGAGCCGCGGCGAGUCCCGGGCUG